GAUGCUUUGAACCAUUUGAAGGAUUUUGCGCGACAGACGGAGCCAUACCUUCUUAACUAACUAGAAGUUAGUCUACUGUCUCUAGCUAACUAUCUAUAGAGUCGACUUUCACAAGCUACAAUAACAAUCUAGAUAGCUUGUCAACUGAACUGUAAUAAGCUAACCGACUAGAUAUCAAAUGUCACUAGCUACUAUCUAGAUAGUUUGAACCAGACAGCGAACCAAGGAGCGGUUUCCAACGAGGAUGGAGGUGUUCCUGAACGGCUACCUUGACAGAAGUGAAGCGGAACGGGGGUGGUUGGGGGAGGUCUUCCAGCGCGUGUCAGAGCUGCUGCUUCCUGUAGCGCCCACCCCUGGUGAGACUGCAGGCCGGCUGGCUGCUGCCGUAGUGACGAGGGUGGAGCAGCUGGCGCCCUGCUCGCUCUCUCUGCCCCUCAGCUACAGGCUUGUGUCCAUAUCCGAGUUGGUAUCCAGGCAACGGACCGCAUGCUGCAGCAACCAGAGCUGGAGCACCAAUCAGCACAGAGAAUGGGUUAGGGCGGUGGUGCUGCCCAAUCACAGAGCCUUGCCGCGGGCCAACCUGCUGCUGAUUGGCUGUCUAACUGCUGGGCAUGGCUCCGGGAAGCCAUGUGAUGGGUCCUGGAGAGUGAAGGAUGCAAGCGGCAGCUUACACUGUGAGCUCCUGCGCCCUUCUCCUCUCUGGCUGGGCCUCCCCAUGAUCUUCCCCUGCUGGAACUACAUCCCCCAUCAUACUGCAGGACAACAUCAGGGAGAGGCAGGCUACUUGGAGCUGAUUGGCUCUCCCUUGCCUCUGACCUCUCACCCCGAACCAGGAUUGGCCCUCGACUCUGGAGGGGCGGAGUUUGGCAAUGCUGUUGGAGUCAUAGAGGCCUCAGCCCUCCUCCAGCACAGGUCUAAGGGCAGGCGUCUGCAGGUGUUGGGGCAGGUGAGUGCAGUCUGCCCCCUGCUGGAGAUUGCUGGGAAAACCUUCUUCUGUCUCCACCUGCAGGAGGAGGAACACACUCUUCCUGUUCUGGUCACGGACCCAGGGUGCGUGUGGUGGAAAUGCUGCAUGUGUGUAGGUCAGAAGGUGUGUGUGUCAGGGCUGCGUGUGUGUGCCCUCCGCUGCUGGUCUGGAAACAGAGUUCUGACUGUCACUGCUCAGUCCACCCUCUCUCUGCUGGACACGCACACCUCAGACACACACACACACAGCCCAGAGACACACACACGCAGCCCAGAGACACACACACACAGCCCAGAGACACACACACACAGCCCAGAGACACACACACACAGCCCAGAGACACACACACACAGCCUGGAUGAGGAGAGUGCACACCCAGGUGGAUCCCAGGUGUCAGAACUGUGUCUCAGCCAAGCAGACACACACACACACCCUGACCAGGACACACACACACACUCCGACGGGGACACACACACUGCGCUGGACGUCCUACGGAUGAAAUUCUCCAGAGUCAUCGGCUACAAGGGUGUUGUGACCAGUGUGUUGAGUGAAGGGGCGGGCCUUUAUGUGAUUGACGGGAAGGUGGGGCUGUGUCUGGCCUAUCAGCCUCUGGACAGGCUUGGCCUGCGGCCGGGGGUGGAGAUAGAACUCUGUGGCGUCCACUUCCUGUACCGGCCCAGCCCCGCCUGCUUACCCAGCAUGCUGUGCAUGUGUCUGCGCUCGAGCCUGCAUAUCACUGCCUUCAGCCCAGUGGUCCCUCACGACCCACCUAGUAACCAUAGUGACUCCAUGUUGCCCCGGCUACUGUUGGAGAAGAAUCUGGGCGUGUCCAAAUACCUGUGGCUGUGUCACUGCUGCACACUGCUGAGAGACAGGCUGGUUCCCUCCCUGGUGCGGGAGGAGAAGCUGUGUGUGGUGGGGGGGAGACUGCUGGAGCUGGUGUUUCCUCUGUGGGGAGGAGGGGGAGGGGCGGAGGAGGAGGAGGAGGAGGAGGGGGGGGCCGGAGGAGGAGGAGGGAGGAGAGACAUUUACUCUGAGAUGCUGCAGGAGCCUCACCACUGUCUCCUGACUGAGUACCAGGUGUGUGUGCCGGGGUGUGUGUACGUGUCGCUGGCAGAGUGUGUGAAGGAGCAGGAGAGCUGGGCCUCCUUCAGCCUGCACUCUCUCCUGGAGGGGCAUGAUCCAGAGGGCCUGACCCAGGCUGAGCUCAACCCAGCCCUGGCCUGGUCCUGGAGCCUCGCUGCUGGGGCCCAGCACCACCCGCUUCCCCUGCUUCUGGUCGGCCUGCUGGAUCUCCCUCCAGUUCACACACACUCAUCCUCACACCCUCUCCGGUUGAGAGACCAGACUGGUGAUGUGGCCUGCGUUGUCACGGAGACCUCCAAUAACGACCGGAAAUCUCAGAGAGCUGUUUCCAACACUGCGUGGAUAGGCUGUCUGGUGUGUGUGGAGCGCUUCACCGUGGUAACAGAGAGGUUCCUCCAAUCAGAAUUCCCGUCCUACACACACCUGGACCAGAACCACUACAUCACACACAAGCACUGCAGGGUGUAUCUACAGUUCAGUCUGGAUGAUGUUCAUAUCCUCAGCCCAUCUGCAUCCAUGAGAACUGUACUGCAGACAGACAGAGAGAGGGAGGCAGGAGAGAGGGGAGGAGGUGUGGAGCGAGGGAAGGAGGGAGGAGAGGAUCGAGAGGGAUGGUGGACGCAGGAGCCUGAGUUGGGCCGAAGGAAGAGGAAGAGAGAAGGGGGGAUGGUGGAGAGAAGAGAAGGAGGGGUUAGGAAAAGAGACAUUAGACAAGACCCAGCCCCUCCUGUUGCUAUGGAGAUGGAUGUGGAAGGGUCCUUGUUAACAAGUGACAGACCACGCCCAGUGACCUCUGCACCCUGUAUUUCCGUAGUGAUGAGAGUGGAGUGGAAGGAGGGGCUAGCAUGGAGGAACAUGGGGAUUGGUUCUGAGGGCAAGGGGGCAGGGCUAUCUUUGUGCUUUUCUGUCAGGGCCCAGUUGAUUGGUCCGGUACAGAGAUGGGGGUGGGACCCCAGGAACACUCCUCUACUGGAGAAAGAGAAGGAGAGAGAGGUGGAGAGAGAAAGGGUGGAGUUGGUGUUUGCUGGUGCAGCAGUUUGCUGGUUCCCUGUUCUCCAGCCUGGCUGUUUCUACAGACUCAUCUCUCCCAACACACAGGAUACCAGUGUUCUGAUUGGCUCCAGUAUUGCUGGGCAGAGUGGUGUACAGCUCCACCCCUGCCCCUCCCUCCUGGUGUGCUCUGAUUGGAGGAUCCACAGCAUUCCCCGCCCACUCCUCAUCCCUUCCCUCCCUCAGGUGGUUUCCAGGGUUCUGUCUGUGUCCCAGGUCCUGGACGGCAGUUCUGCUGGAGGGCUGGUCUCAUUCCAGGGUCUUCUAACUGAAAGGAUCAACAUGCAGGAGAAGACAGGCCUUCACACACACUCCACACACCCUGAGGUGGAGGCAGGUCUAACCGUGCGCCUGACAGUGUGUGACGCGUGGUGGAGGGGGCCGACCCUGCAGGUGUACCUGGAGCUAGGCCACGCCCCCUACCCCCCGGGACUCCUCCCAGGAAACACCCUGCUGCUGGAGGGAGUGCAGCGCCGGUUGUCACGGGUGGGAGGUGUGUAUUGUCGCUCCCUGCCGGUCAGCUGUGUGACUGUGACGGCUCUGGGAUCAACACACACUCAGUGUGUUGAGCCCCUACCCAUGAUCCUCCUGGGUAAGUGGGCUGUGCACGGGGCCCAGCAUGGCAUCAAGGGAAAGGUCAGGGGUCACCUGGUGUGUAUCCUCUUCCUGCAGCUGCAGUGGACCUGCUCUCUGUGUGGCUGUGUCUACGCCCAGGACAGAUGUACGAGACAGUCUCCUCCAUGUCUCUCCAGAUCAGCUGUGUUCCAGGCAAAGGCCAAGGCUUCAGUGGAGGACGGGUCAGGGGAAGCCCAUGUGUGGUGCUCCUCUCUGCUGGUCUCAUCUCUGCUGCGCCUGGCCCCGCCCCAGUGGAAGGGGCUACGGAGAUCACUCCGGGUCAGGGGUCAUCUUAGGGUCAACCCACGAGGCCAGGACAGCGAGGACCCUCUGCAGAUGUACCUGUCUGCUGUGUGUGUUUCAACAGUAUGUGUGUGUGUUUCAGGACAGCGAGGACCCUCUGCAGAUGUACCUGUCUGCUGUGUGUGUUUCAACAGUGUGUGUGUGUGUUAGGACAGCGAGGACCCUCUGCAGAUGUACCUGUCUGCUGUGUGUGGGAGCAGCUACGUGUGUCGUCCUGUAACCCUUACCUGCCGUCUAAACACACACUCACACACACCUCCUGCAAGCAGAGAGGACAUGGCCCAGUUGAAGACGUUUACGAGGGGAGAAAGAGAGUUUGUGACCAGACUACCCCACCCUGUCCAGCUCACCUGUACACACCUGGAGGAGGAGGGGGGGGGGGGUUGACAUACA